AUGAAUAAUAAAAUAAUCUGGUUGAUUAUUUUUCUGCAGAUCCAAGCUUAUAUAGUUUAUGAUGUGGGCUGGCUUACUUUUCAAACUCAUCUAGAGGGUUUUAACAUUGUUAAAACCAUUGAAUUUAAAUAAUCAUUUAGAAAUCCUCCUUAAAUAUUCUUUACUCUAUAAUAUAUUGUGAUGUAUAAUGGAGGAAAUGAAUAUUAAUUUUUUUGUGAAUCAAUAAAUACUAAGAGUUAAAAAUUUAUUAAUAUUAGGUUUUACAAUUAGAAUGAUAUCAGUUGGAUAGAUACCUACGGGCCUUACUUAUUUAUAUUAAGCCUAUGAUGAUAUGCGUAUUGAAAUAAUUAAUGUUUUUAAUUUGGCUUAACCAAAAGGGAAUACAUAUCCUCAUAAAAAUGCUAAUGCAUAAAAUGCUAUUUUAUCCCUUAUAAGUUUAGGAUGCACAGGACCUAUAGACUUUAAAAUUGCUGUAAAUAUUACAAUUAUGUAGAUUUCAAAAGUUACAAAAGAUUCAAUAACUGUUGAUCUUAAUAAUAACGUGGUAGGCAAAAUUGAAAAUCUAAAACAAAUAGGUUUCUAAAUUCUCAUUGGGAUUGAAGAAGCAAUUAAAGGUGCUGAAAUUAAAUUUGCUCAUUAAUCUGAUAUGUAGUUUAAUGUUUUUAAUGUUAAUACAAUUCCCGGAAAUUAAUAUGAAUUUACUACUUCUUAUUAAGGAUUUGUUUAUGAUCCUUCUCAAAUUCUUUCGCUCGGCAAGAAAAUUGCUACUCAGCAUUCAAAUAAAACUUUUGAUUAUACAAUAUAUACUGCACAUACUGAUACACAUCCAAGUUUUCUAUAAAAGAAUAAUUAUAGCUCUCGUUUUUACACCAUGUACUAGUCUUGAAGUAUUUAUAAUAAAAUAUUUCAAAACUAUCUUUACUCCAUUAAAAUUAUAUUCAGCAAUAGUUACCUAAAAAAGGGAUUUAAUAUUUCUAAAUAAUCCACAAAUAUAUAUUAAAAUUGAAAUUCUGAAUAAAAUUAUCACCUAACCUCAAAUAUAUGAGACAUUGAUAGAUAAAUCUAUUAAAACAUUUAGUAUUUAAAUUGAAAUAAAUUGCAAAAAUAUUGUAUAAAUAAAAAGCCUCUUUCGUAAUUGUCAAAAUUGUUUAUUUUAGUAGAAUUAUCAUUCUAAUCAUUAUUGUAGUUCCAAUUUAACUUUAUUAACUUUUAACUUUAAAUUGACAUAAUCAAUUUUGUCAUAUUAAUAAUUAAUAUUUAUUGUUGAGCAAUCAAGAUUCACUUUAAAAUAAGUACUAACAAAUUAUGUAGAAACAGAAGUUGAAUUGAUUGACAUCAUCUUAGUUUGA